CUUUCUUACUGACUGCUGAGAUGCCCGUCGUGAUGAUGACUUUCAUGAUAUCCUGCAAGUAAACACCCACUCAUCCGAGACUGCGGCAAACAUCGGCAUGCGUGUCAAGGAACUAGGCCACACUCACCCAUCAUCCUUCUCGCUAGCGUUGCUGCAUUGCUGCAACCAACGAUGGCGACAUGACGCUCCUUUGGUGGUUUGACUUCUUUUGAGGCGUUUCCAAUUCUACUCCUGCAUCUGCUUUACUUCAUUUUGAACUUGUCUCGUGACCCCUUGAACCGGCUGCCGUGAGCAGUGAACCGCCAACCUCUCGUCGCCAUGUCGAAACUCUUCUCUCCUCUCACGGUCGGCUCGAUCCAGCUCUCCAACCGUCUGGCCUUGGCUCCCCUGACGCGAUACCGUGCCGACGACGAAUGGACGCCGACGCAGAUGAUGAAGGAGUACUACGCGCAGAGAGGCUGCGUGCCGGGCACCCUGCUCGUGUCCGAAGGGACCCUGAUCUCGCACCGCGCCGCCGGCCGCCGGAACGUACCCGGCAUAUGGAGUGACGCCCACAUCGCAGGCUGGAGGGAGGUGACGGACGCCGUCCACGAGAAGGGGUCCUUCAUCUACUGCCAACUUUGGCACCUCGGCCGCGGUGGCAGAGUCGACGUGCUCGAGUCCCUUGGCCUGUCCCUCGAGUCGUCGAGCGCGGUGCCCAUUGCCGACGACACGCCUACGCCCGUCGAGCUGACCGAGGCCGACAUCCUCGCCACCGUCGAGGACUACGCGGCGGCUGCCCGCAAUGCCAUCGAGGCCGGCUUUGACGGUGUCGAGAUCCACGGCGCCAACGGCUAUCUGCCAGACCAGUUCCUCCAGGACACCUGCAACAAGCGGACCGACGCCUGGGGCGGCAGCAUCGAGAAGCGGGCGCGAUUCCACUUGGAGGUGACCAAGGCCGUCGUCGACGUCGUCGGGGCUCACAGGACCGCCGUCCGUCUGAGCCCCUACAGCGACUUCCAGGGCAUGCUCAUGGACGAUCCGGACCCGACCUUCAGGUAUCUGGUCGAGCAGCUGAGGCCCCUGGGCCUCGCAUACCUCCAUCUCAUCGAGGCCCGAAUUAGCGGAAACGACGACACGGAUUGUGGCGGACAGCGGACGGUGCGGUGGCUGGUCGAGCUUUGGGACAACGCAAGUCCCGUCUUGCUCGCCGGCGGCUUCACGGCCGCGUCGGCGAGGACGGCUGCCGACGAGACGUACAACAAGUAUGAUGUGGCGAUCGUGUUCGGCCGGUACUUCAUCUCGAACCCAGACCUCGUAUUUCGCAUCAAGGAGGAUAUCGAGUUGGAUAAGUACGAGCGGACAUACUUUUACACGCCCAAGCUGCCGACUGGGUAUAUAGACUACCCAUUCUCCCCCCAAUUCCAGUCGGCGUAGGUUGUUU